AUACCUUUUUUUUUGUUCACAGCCGAAACAGUUGAAUUUUAUGUAAAUAAGGCUAUGUCCCACUUUUCUUAGUGGUCCGCCAUUGAAGUGACUGUGCCAAACCCUAAUCUUAUCUCUCUUUCUUUCCGCCGUCCCUAAAAAAUUUCAACUUAAUAACAGUUUUUGCAUUUAAGUCUCUGUUUGAAAAUUCUCAAAUGUUGUUUUGUAACUUUCUCAUGUAAACUCACAUGCUUGUUGCUAUUUUCAAUCAUAUUCUUACACGACUACAACUACGAGUUUGUCCUUUUACUCUCUUUUUCAUUUGUUUUAAUAAGUUUCUCUUUUUGGGUUGCUCUGUUAGAGAAAAUCAGCUGCCUUCUUCUCUUCUCUCUCUAGUUGCAGAUCAUAGCUUUGUUGUGGGUUUAAGGACUGAUUCUUAGGGUUUUGCAAUGGACUCUCCACAAUCUGUUGUUUCACCAUUCAAGAUUGGUGAGUCCGAGAAGGAGAAGUCAACUUCUGUGCAGAGCUCUGGAAACCGAUCAAACGGCAUCAAAACCAAUGGAAAAGAUUCCGACCUUGUUGUUGGUACUCUCGAGGUUCAUGUGCAUCAGGCAAGGGAUAUACAUAACAUUUGUAUAUACCACAAGCAAGACGUUUAUGCCAAGCUUUGCCUUACGAGUGAUCCUGAAAACUCUGUCUCCACCAAAAUCAUCAACGGCGGUGGGAGGGAUCCGGUUUUUGAUGACAAAGUCAAGCUUGAUGUCAGGGUUCUGGAGGAGACUUCCCUCAAGUGUGAGAUUUACAUGAUGAGCAGGGUGAGGAACUAUCUCGAAGACCAGCUGCUUGGUUUUACUUUGGUUCCUAUGUCGGAACUGCUCUUCAAGAAUGGGAAACUUGAGAAAGAGUUCGCUCUUUCUUCCUCUGAUCUGUACCAUUCGCCAGCUGGUUUUGUUCAGUUGUCUCUCUCCUACAAUGGAUCCUACCCUGAAGUGAUGGCGUUUCCCACUAUGCCUUCAUCUGUUUCUGUUGAUGAAGCUACCAAGAAUCCACAAGGAUCUGAAUCACUUCCUGGUGAAUUGGAUAAGAUAGAGUUUCCAGAUCCUAAUGUCGCUAAUGAAAACGAGAAGAUGGUUUCCGAGUAUUUUGGCAUCUCUUGUUCUACUAUCGACUCAGAAACUUGUGACAGCUUGGUUACUUCUGAUACUGAGAAUCAUGUAACCAACUCUGUCACUUCUGUACUGAAGCAAGAUUCACCUGAGAUCAGUAAUGCAACAAAUGAAGCUGCCUCUCCUCAUGCUUCAGCUCACUCUGCAACAGAAACACCAAACCAUGAUCAUCUCAACUCCAAAGCGGAUUCUCAGGAGGAGUCGGAGAGCGAGGCUUCCAAAGAGAAGACUGUGAAACCCAUCUUUAGUGUGGGGGUUGAGCAAGAGUCAAAGGUAGUGCAGCAGGAUAUAGUGGACAUGUACAUGAAAAGCAUGCAACAGUUUACUGAUUCACUGGCUAAGAUGAAGCUUCCUCUGGACAUUGAUAGCCCAACAAUAUCAGAGAAUUCAAGCUCUGACUCUCAGAAGCUGCCAACACCAAAGAGCAGCAACAACGGAUCUCGUGUGUACUAUGGGAGCAGGGCUUUCUUCUGAGCAUAUCUGUUUUACCAAGUUCAGAGGAAAGAACUCUCAGGUCACUCACUCCUAGACUUUUACUAAUGAAGAAAGACUAAUCUCCUAAUAAUGUACUGUUUGAUGUUGUAUCUCCCAUCUGGUCAUCUUGAUGUUUUAGUUGAUGUGAAAUUAUUAUUAUUAUGUAUUACUAGUCUCCUUUGUACUAUAUGAACCAUGUCCUCAUCAAUGUUUGUUUAACAUCCACAAUAA